AUAUAUAGACCAGUUGGCUGUACAGUAUGGAACUUACAUUUUUGUGCGCUGCACUUGCGGCAGUGUCAGUGUCCUUCGUUGAUGGAGUUGGAUAUAUGGGUGUUAGACCUCCAUCUCUGAAACAAUGUUGCUAUAAAGACAUAGACAAGGCUCAUUUCAGCUACGACAACAAUUUAUGUGAAGGACCAGAUAACUGGUGCAAAGUUCAUCCCUGUUGGACGACCUGCGCAUCAAAGAAUAGCCAAUCACCUAUCAACAUCAACACAGGUUUAACUCGUUAUAAAAGAUAUCCUAGGCUAAAGUUCGAAAAGAUACUUAGAAGAGUUCUUGCAAACGUUCGAAAUAAUGGUCAUGCACCGUAUUUCGAGGUUCAUGAUAGAUACGACGACGAGAUAACUGUACGUAAUGUGCCUGAGAGACCAAGCCAGAAAGAGUAUAAUUUUGCUCAGAUUCAUAUUCAACUUGGACAAGAUCAAACCAAUGGAUCAGAACAUUCCAUUGACAACGUAUUCAAACCGAUGGAAGCUCAAGUGGUAUUUUACGACAAAGACUAUGAAGAUGUAACUGACGCUAAAUCAAAGAAAAGGGGUCUGGUGGUGAUGAGUGUUAUGGUAGAGGUAUAUGGACAAAAACCGGAAAAUGAUGCAUGUGGGUGUGAUCAAGAAACAUGUACAGUCAGAUAUGCAAGGAGGCUUAGUGCAUUGAUGGAAAAAUAUUAUGAAAAAGUUCGACGUUAUCCACUAGCAUCAAUAAACCCUACUUUCUGGUCCUUCCUUUCACUUCCAAAAAAGUGUUGGUACAACCGAUGUGGUAAAACACCAACUAAAGAGUUUAUAAAAAAUAGAUGUGAAAAAGAAGAGCCAGAUACAAGACCUUUUAGAGUAUUUGAAGGUAUCACUCCUCUAGAUGUCCUUCCAUAUGACACAAAUCGAUUCUACACAUAUUCAGGAUCUCUCACGUCACCUCCAUGUUAUGAAACUGUACAGUGGAUUGUUUAUAAAUGCCCUAUUAAAGUCUCUGCCAAGGCUUUUCAAAUGUUACAGUUGGUGGAAGAUUCACACUUAAAACCCUUACCACAACUGGGUACGAGAAGACCUCAACAGAAUAUGAACGUUCCUGUUUACCGCAGUUAUUUGAAGUGAAAUUGAUAAUCAAUAUACUCACAUAAACAAAAGAUGACAUUUUAAGUAGAGGAAUUGGAUUACACCAUAUUUGAUAUUAUGUUAAAAAUAACAUUAAAAUUUAGCAAUGUACUGAAUACUGAACAUGAUCGUUAAUCAUAAACUCAUACAUGUUAUAGAUAAUAUUAUUAUCUUUUAAUCCUUAAAUUUUACGUUCUACAUGGUUUUUAUAGGUGACCUUACAAAUUUACGGAGUACCUUACAUAUUCGUUUAUCAUAAACUCAUUAUGAAUAAUAUUGUUAUAUUUCA